AUGGAUACACGGGGACUGACGCUGCGAAAGAAGCGUAAAGACCGUCCUACAAUAAGUGCUCCUCAAAAUGCGUCUGGUCCAGGCAUCACUCGCCCGGCGGCGCCAUCAGCAGCAGCAUCGCAGCAGAAGCCUAAAGGGGGUGCCAGUCUCGCUCCCCCACGCGACCGUAAUGCUCCUACCGAAACCUCUGAUCUGGUCAAAAGGCGUUAUUCGACGCGAUAUAACCAACUGCCCGACUUCAGCAAUAUCGGAGCCCCCCCUGUUCCCACGCUUCCCGGUGCCCUGAAGCGACGCUCUGGAGCCGCAUCUCCGCGACGCCCUGGCACGGCAUCGUCUUCACGGCCCCUCCUUGUCGACAAUGACAUUCUGAGUGAUCCGAAUCUCCAAGCCGAACGUUAUGUCACGGAUCUCCUGUCUAAUGCCUCCGAAGCCGACAUUCAAGAAUACCAGACAAAUUUGCAGCGUCUCAAGAACAGGAAUUCCGCAGACCUUCAGCAAAGUGUAUACCAGAAUAGGACAUCGUUCAUAAAAAUAAGCAAAGAGGCUGAAAAGCUGAAGGCGGAAAUGGCCAUUUUGAAGAGUCUCAUGUCGGAACUCACAAGUACAAUUGGCCAUAGCAGCUCAGGAAAUACCAACAAUGCACUUUCCCCUGAUCUCAGCCACUCGAAUUCGCAGUCAAGGAAGCAAGCAAACAGGAGUUCCGUUGCCAAUCUUGAACAGAUGUGGACCAUUCAACUGCAAGCACUGUGGAAGAACGUGGAGAAAUCUCAGAAAUUUUUACCCGCUGCACCCGGUCGUCAUAUUGUGGCAGAGACAGGGAGCUGGAUCGAGCUUGAUAGUGCGACUUGGAAGCCUAAGCGUCCUGUUCACAUCGUCCUGCUCAAUGAUCAUCUCCUUGUCGCGUCUAAGAAGCGUAAACGUGUCGAUCCCAAUGUUCCUCAACAAGGCCCUGCACCCACUAAGCUUGUGGCUGAGGAGUGCUGGCCUCUCCAAGAUAUUGAAAUCAUUGACAUGGCAGCCAACGGAGCUGCCUCUCAAGCCGAAGAAAAAGCCAUCGCGUCGGCUUUGACCAUCAGGUCCUCCGGUCGGUCGCUUACGUAUAGGCACGAGAAGCGGGACGAGAAGGCGAAAACUGGCUUACUGAUGGCUUUGAGGAAAGCUAGCGAAGAUGUCCGCAAGGCUACAAAAAGUGAAGAGGAACAACCUACUCAAAGCGAGAGCUUAAAUUACUUUGCUGCUCGAGAUCCAGCUUCUGCAACGAACACUGGUAUUCUCGAUAGUAUAAACUCGUCUAAAGACAAGCCUGAUAUUCUCAUCGAAGUCGAUGGGAAACAGCAGAACUUUCGCUGGGUCGAAGGACAAAUCGAUGAUCUCGACAUCGACAUCUCUUUACAGCGGUUUGACGAAGCCGUGGACAAGGUGGAGAAACUACGGAAGAUCGCCAAAGGUCUCAAAAGUAACUCGAUUGCACAGGAGCUGAUCUGUGUCAAAGUUGAUGAGCGUGCCGCGAAGCUUGCAAGAAUCUUAUACCGAGAACUGAUCGAGACACCAUCUUUCAUGGAAGCUACAAAACGCACUACGUCCUUUCUUAUCCGCCUGGGCUUCGAGGACCGAGCACGGGAGAUCUAUCUCAACGCCCGCAGCGAGACAUUGACCAAGCGAGCCAGACAAUGCGUCUUCGACGGCGACCUUCAUCGAUACGUCUUCUCCAUCUCGUACGUCUACUUCACCAUUGUGAAGAACACGGUGCUUAUCUACCAAGCCUCAUUUGCCCCCACAACAAUCAGUGCAUGUAUAAAGUGGGCAAACGGUCAUCUCGAGACGUUCAACACGCUGCUCGUGCGACAACUUAGUGCCAUAGAACGCCAGGGUCAGUUGUGGAGAGAAUGCAUGGAUGUCGUCUGGAGCCACGAAAAGGAAAUGUUGGGCGACUUUGGGUUGAAUUUCAGGGAAGUCAUCGGGCGUGGGCUGGAACUUGAUAUGUCACCAGCGAAGAUGGGGUCCGGGACCGACGGUGUGCGAGAUCAAAGUCGCUCGAAAUCGCGUGGAAGGGGUUGA